AUCACGCCAUUUCAUUUGGCCAUUUACCCGCUGCAUGACUGUAUGAGGAGCUUGUUACUAUCUGAUGGGUUCUGUCGGGUUGGGUUUAUUGGGUUACUGUUAUCCGUUAGUCAAGAGUAUUUUCAAAAUUAUAAAAGUCAAUGCUUUUUGAUGUUGGUAAACAUUGAAGUUAUUGAAAUGAUUUCGUUGCAGUGAAACCUUUUCAAUAAACCUGUAGCCUAUUAAGAAACACUGCCAAACCCAAAUUAAAGCUAUGGUGGUUGUCCUCUCAGCUCACCGGACUAUGCAUAGUGCACGGCCUCUAACCAAAGUAACUGCCGCACCUGAACCGCCUCCUCUGGAACAAAAAUCUGAUGAUCGCAGAUUGUGGAUUGGAAAUUUGGACACAUGUGUGAGUGAGUAUCAACUACUGAAAAUUCUCGAAAAACACGGACGCAUGGAAAAGUUUGAUUUGCUGUUUCACCGCUCUGGACCCCUGGCAGGCCAACCCCGAGGGUACGCAUUCGUCACCUACGCGACCGUUGAGCAGGCCGAGAUGAUGAGGGCAGCUAUGGAUGGCAAGAAAAUUGGAUCGAAACACAUUGCUGUGAGAUGGGCACAUAAAUUAACUCUUGAGGACAGAGAAAAACCCAAAGUUGAAUUGGAAAUUCCGGCACUGUCAGGUGCUAAAAGCAAGAUAAAAAUCAGUCGAUUAACUAAGAUUCAGCAAAUUGAAGCUAAACUUAGAAUGAUGGAAGAGAGUUCAAAUGAGUUCCAGCCAAAAGAUGGACCGAGUGGAGUUGGUAACAGUCAUCCUGUACGAGCCUUUAGAGAAAAAAGUACAAAACCCUACAAAAGGCCUUCCCAACGCAGAUAACACACAGUUUUGCUUUUGCAUUUUAAAUUUAAGGAUAUAACAUAUGUAUUUUUAACAAGGAAUAAGUGUGUACUUUUCUUGAUGUAUUGUAUUAUUGUGUAAUUACAAAAUAAAGAUGAGUGAGUUUGUGUUGUACCAAAA